AUGGUGCCACGCUGUUCGGCCAUUUUUUCCCUGCUCGCGCUGUGCGGAAGCGGCUCUGACAGCUUCAGGCAAGAGCUACAGUCCAAGCUCAAACUUGCAAAAGAUGCUGACACCUCCCUUGACAAUGUUGACGUGCCGUUGGCCGUCGAGGCGUCCCGCUGCUCCCAGCUGCUGCGAGCCAAGCUAGGCGCAGCGCCAUCCUUGGGUCCAGUCAUUGAUAUGGGGGCUCCGUCUAUGGUCACUGCUUGGCUUUUGCGCGAGAAGAAGGUGGUGAUCUCUGUGGGCGAAGAAGGCCGCUCGCGGCCCGCGGACGCGGCGACGCGGCCGCGGACGCGGCGAUGGAUUUGGGUUACCCAGCCCUUGGAGCUUUUGCUCACCACGCUGCGGGAGCUUUUUGGUGACAGAGAAGAGUCCAGGAUACGAGAACCACCGAGUCUCCUCUUCAUCGAAGCGGACCAGCUACUGCAACGCGGAGCCCUGCAGCGGACCAGCCAUACCCUCCGCUCGGUCCGUCCCCUCCUCUCCGACUUGGCCGUUUCGGGGGUCAUGCUCAGUGACGAUGGGAAGGAGGUGCCACACUGGAUGCUUCCAUCUGUACUUGCACCAGUCCUGGAUGCCAAGAACAAGAUGAACAUCGAGCUUCCUUGCUGGACCAUUGGCUGUACGAGCGGCCUGACUGGAGGCGGACUGGCAUUGGUGAUGAUUGUUAAGAACGAGGCGCGCUUGAUCCGCCAGACGCUACAGAGUGUGCUCGAGGCCGCGGACCGCGCGGUGAUCUUGGACACGGGUUCCACCGACGGGACGCAGGAGAUCCUGCGAGAGGUUUCCCAACAACAGAACUUCCCGCUGGAACUCUACGAAGAGCCCUUCGUGGACUUCGCAACCACCCGGAACCGUGCGCUGCAGCUGGCGGGGCAAAGCUCUGAGUUUGUUUUGAUGCUCAGUGGCGAUGAGACACUGGUUCACGGCGCCCAGUUGCGGCGCUUCGUCACGCAACACAGUGGCUACUGCGGAGGCUCUAUGCCUCCGGUGAUGCCAUAUGUGAACCAGUUCACCGGAGAUGCCUCGUUCUACCCUCCGCUCCGAAAAAAGGGGCGCAGCGAGCGGAGUGUCACACUCCAUCGCCUCAUGGUGUCUCCAGAGAACAGCAUCGAGGACUUGCUGCGCAUCGUCUCGGAGAAUCGGCCGUUUGACACGGACAACUUGGCCACGGCCAUCCACAAACUCGCGAAGUUGAGGCGAAAUCAGAACGUGCCAUAUGAAGUCAUCACGGAGGAUCCAAGAUGGAUGAUGUUGAUUCAGCAGGUUGUUGAGAACGGCACUGCCUUCAUUUGGCCCAUGCGGCUCCUGGCGUUGGUCGCCUGGGCCGUGGCCUCCCUGCGCGAACGUCGCAUCACCGCGUUACUCUUCGACAUCGCCGCCAAGCGCUUGGCUUUGGGCUCCGUGCCGCAGGACUUGUCGUCACUGGCCUGGGCGGUGGCCACCGCGCGCGCCAAAGAUGCCGCGGCGGCCGCGCUGCUGCGACAGGUCUCCAUCGAGUCCACGAAGACCGUGCAGAGCUUCGGCCCACAAGACUUGGCCAUGUGUGCCUGGGCCUUUGCCAAGGUCUCCAUGCGCGAUGCUCGGCUCUUGCAUCUCUUCGCCGAUGAAGCGCUCGAGAAAUAUGCCGAGCUCAAUGGGCAAAACCUGUCCAAUUUGGUUUGGUCCCUGGCGACGAUCCGGGAGAACCACGAGCCCCUCAUGCAUGCGGUCUCCCGAACCCGUGCAGAAACCAUCCAGGGCUUGGCACAGCAAGAGUUCUCGAAUGUGGUGUGGUCCUUCGCCAGCCUCCUACGGACCUCCGAGAUGCUCUUCCGGCGCACGGCCGUGCGCGUCGUGGGCAUGGCGGCGCAACUGGACUCGCAGCAUCUGGCGAACAUUGCCUGGGCCUACGCCAAGAUUUCUCACCGUGACGAUGGGCUUUUCUAUGUGCUUUCACGCGAAGCGAUGGAGCCCGAACGCAAGUGCAGCCCCUUGAACCUGGCCAACCUGGCCUGGGCCUUCGCAAGUGCUGGCUGGCACGGAGAGAUGUCUACUCGACGAGUGGGCUUGCGAGACCCCAAAUUCUUCGAAUGGGUCGCCACGAGCGCCGUGCAAAUUGCUCCACAAUUCACCUCACAGAACUGUUCCAACCUGGUCUGGGCCUUUGCCACGAUGCGCAUCGGGCACCAAGAGCUUUUUGAGGCGAUGUCAAACCAGGUUCAAGGUUGGUUGAUCUCCAACUUUGACCCGCAGCACUUGUCCAACGUGCUUUGGUCCUAUGCCAAGCUGGCCAUCAAGAACUUGGAGCUUUUUGAUAGCGCAGCCGAUGAGAUUGUGAAGAGAGGGGUCGAAUACUUGGCCAGAACACCGCAGAAUCUCUCCAACACAGUCUGGGCCUACGGAGUUGUGGCCUCCACUCCACGACACCUGAUGUCAGCCUUGGAGCAUCAUUUGACUGCUGUCCGUGGGUUUUACGAAAAGCUCACAGAGGUGAGGCCGUUGGGGAAGAGCAGUCGAGCUCAGCUGGCCAUGACCGUGCUCUCCCUCCAUCGCCUGAACUUGACCUCUGUGGCCUGGCAUCUCUUUGACCAAGUCUCUCGAGAUGGUUUGCAAGCCGGCGGUGAAGCCUACAGCAAUUGGCUGUUCAUCGCAGGAGAGACUCGGAACCACCGGCGCGAAGUGGAUGUCUUUGAGCAGAUGGCAAGAACUGCACACACCAGAGGUUUGCAAGCAGCCUGUUGGAAUGCCGUGGCUGUCCGAUGUUUGACCUUUGGAGAUGAAGGGCGAGCCAAAAGUGUCUUGCAACUCAUGGACAGAGAAGACCUUUGCAAUCCGCUCUCCGAAGUGUUGCGAAAGCGCUUGGGCGAUCUACCAGCUCCAUCGAGCGUGGGGAAUAUCGACUGGAGACGGCGGGAGAAGGACGAGCACGAGUGGGUCACGAACUCUUUAGGAUUCAGCUUGCGGCUGAACAAGAUCGAAUACUACAAGGAGGUUGGGACAUUGCACUACAUCCUGAGCCACGGCAAAUACCAGGAUGUGCCAGUGAUCCACAGAGCCAUCGAAGCCUUCACCCGGGAACAGGAGCUUUGGUUGAAGUUGGCCGGAGAUGAGAAAGGUGCUGUCUUGGACAAGGUCCUGGCCCUGCAGGGCAAGGCCAAACUGGUGGUGGAGGUCGGGCUCUACGUGGGCUACUCCUCCACGCGGAUGGCCUCGCAGAUGCGCCACUGGGGGGGUCGCGUGAUCUCCAUGGAGGUGGAUCCCUACCAUGCGGCCAUCGCGCGGAAUACCAUCGAGUGGGCAGGGCUCACGGACUACAUUGAGAUUUGGUGUGGGCACAGUGAGAAUCUGAUCCCACGAUUGAAGGAACGUUUGCCAGAGAAGUCCAUCGACAUCCUAUUUUUCGAUCAACAGGGGACGAAGAUGCACUUGGACCUGCAGCGCAUUGUAGACUUCAAUAUGCUCUCAGAGACCGCCAUUGUGGUGGGUGACAAUGUGCUGCGCCCUGGGGCGCCACAGUUCAUGUAUUGGAACAGCGUGGCUGGGCCCUAUGAGACGCAAGUGGUGUCUCUGAGAGAGUACAAGCAGGAGGUGGUGGAAGACUGGAUGAGCAUCUCCUUUUGGUUGCCUCAAUCACCAGAGGCUCGAAUGCCCAUGAGGAUUCCAGAGGAAGUGGAGCAACUGGGACAUGAUACCGAUGGUAUUAGGUGGCAGUCCGUGGAAUCCAAAGUCUCCGAACAGCAGUGGGAGAGCCAUUCACAACGAAUGCGACGGGAGUUUGCCGCGUGUGGCAUCAAACCCUUCGAGGUUUUGCCAUAUCAAGAUGCUCAGGGAAGAUCGCAGGUGGACUUGCGGCCAAAGCUCUAUGCGGGAUACGCGGGAUAG